AGAAGCGCAGACCUGGCAGCAGCGUCCGUUGGCGCGCGCCGCCCUCCUGCGCCCUUGCCAACCAUGGGGCCAACUCGCAACUCUUAGGGCUCUGCCUCAGGCCAAGGGAGAUCAACGAAGCUGCGAGCAGAAGCCAAGAUGAGUUUCCGCAAGGAGGACGGUGUGAGCAGCCUGUGCCAGAAGGCGCUGCACAUCAUCACCGAGCUGUGCUUCGCGGGCCAGGUGGAGUGGGACAAGUGUUCGGGCAUCUUUCCAGCCGAUAGGAGCGACCAGGGAGGAGGUGGCACAGAUAUUUCUGUCAGCCUGUUAGCGGUUGUUGUAAGCUUCUGUGGCCUGGCCUUGCUGGUUGUCUCCCUUUUCGUCUUCUGGAAGUUGUGCUGGCCGUGCUGGAAGAGCAAGCUUGUGGUCCCCAACCUCAGUGUCCUUCCACAAAGCAUCUCAAGUGCUCCGACUGAGGUUUUUGAGACCGAAGAGAAAAAAGACGUGGAAGAAAAUGAAAAGCCAGCACCCAAAGCCAUUGAGCCUGCGAUAAAAAUCAGCCACACAUCCCCCGACAUCCCAGCAGAAGUGCAGACAGCUUUAAAGGAGCACUUGAUUAGACAUGCUCGCGUACAAAGGCAAACAACGGAGCCUACGUCUUCGUCCCGCCACAACUCCUUCAGGAGACACCUACCAAGGCAAAUGAAUGUCUCCAGCGUCGACUUUAGCAUGGGCACUGAACCUGUCUUACAAAGAGGAGAAACAAGAACCAGCAUCGGGAGGAUAAAACCAGAACUCUACAAGCAGAAAUCAGUUGACUCUGAGGGCAACAGAAAAGACGACAUCAAGACCUGUGGGAAACUUAACUUUGCACUCCAGUAUGAUUAUGAAAAUGAACUCCUAGUUGUUAAAAUUAUCAAAGCUUUAGAUCUCCCAGCUAAAGAUUUUACAGGAACUUCUGACCCUUAUGUGAAGAUCUAUCUUCUUCCGGACAGGAAGAAGAAAUUUCAGACCCGCGUGCACCGGAAGACUUUAAACCCUCUGUUUGAUGAGCUGUUUCAGUUUCCGGUGGUUUACGAUCAGCUAAGCAACCGCAAACUACACUUUAGUAUAUAUGAUUUUGACAGAUUUUCCAGACACGACAUGAUUGGGGAAGUGAUUCUUGAUAAUUUAUUUGAAGUCUCUGAUCUCUCCAGGGAAGCCACAGUAUGGAAAGAUAUCCACUGUGCUACCACAGAAAGCAUAGACCUGGGGGAAAUCAUGUUCUCCCUUUGCUAUUUGCCAACUGCUGGUCGUAUGACCUUGACAGUGAUCAAGUGCAGAAAUCUGAAGGCAAUGGACAUCACUGGGUCAUCAGAUCCUUAUGUCAAAGUGUCUCUGAUGUGUGAGGGCCGAAGACUUAAAAAACGGAAAACAACGACAAAGAAAAAUACUCUCAAUCCCGUGUACAACGAAGCCAUUAUCUUCGAUAUCCCUCCAGAGAAUGUGGACCAGGUCAGCCUGUGCAUUGCAGUCAUGGAUUAUGACAGGGUGGGACACAAUGAGGUCAUAGGCGUGUGUCGAACUGGACUAGACGCUGAGGGUCUUGGGAGAGACCAUUGGAACGAGAUGCUGGCCUAUCAUCGAAAGCCAAUCACACACUGGCACCCCUUGCUGGAGUUACCUGGCCGGGCCACCAGCUUUGAUAGUCAAGGGUCCUGUUCUUCUCCCAGGCCACCAUCCACACCAUAAAAGCCUCCAAAUAAGACCAUAUCACAGAAAGACCUAGAACCACGUGCUCAUUGAAUCAGAAACAUACACACAGAAAACACAUGUGCGCACAGAACAUUUGACUUCUUCAUUUAAAAUAUACCCAUGAUAAUUAAUAACUUGAUGCAUAAUUUCUCUUGGCUUAUUUGGCUUCAACUUUAAGCAUAUUAAUACAUUUUACUUGAGUACUAAUGGUUCUUAGUUACAUACAGUGUUUUAUUUUCGUGUCUUCUCUCUACUAGCACAGUGUUUUAAUAUGUUGUAAUUCUACGCCUAAGCAAGUAAGUUAUUUGAGAAGAGAACCCACAUAUAUGUAAAAAUUAAAUAUAGUUUAUAACUGUGUUAUGUGAAAUAGUAAAACACGUCAUUUCCAACUGUAUACACAGUUCUAUCUGAACUUUUAAUGUGCAUACCUAAACUCAACAGAAUCAACUCCUUCGAACCCUAACUAAUGUCUUGUGUUUGAUAAUAGUUUUCUUCCAUGAUCAGCACUUUUGUCGUUGAGGUUGUCUCUCGAGCUUCUGUUCUGGGGACACUCAGCUAAGCUGCCAAAUGAAGAGUCAUUUUGAAUACAAAUGUGCGAAGCGAUGCUGAGUGCCUGGUAAAUGGCGCUACCAGCUUACGGAUGUCUUACUGUUGCGUUAGUCAGACACCUGUGGUACUGCUGACGGAUAGUUUUAAAACUCCUAGCAAUCUUCACCUCAGGCAUAGCCUGAGGUGUUCUUAAGUGGCUGCAGUCCUGAGUUUGUCUUUCAAGGUUACCCAAUACCGUGCGGGGUGUGCUUGUUCUGUAACUCGGAGCUGUUGUGUGGCCCCUACGCUUUUGAUGGAUCACACUUCAUAGACACCAAAGGUCCAGCAAAGCUCUCUGUGCCCACCGUCCUUUAGAUAGACAGUGUUGACUCCACCCACUCAGGAGCUCAGUGUUAGAGUUAGACAGUGUUGACUCNUCCCACUCAGGAGCUCAGUGUUAGAGUUAGACAGUGUUGACUCCUCCCACUCAGGAGCUCAGUGUUAGAGUUAGACAGUCUUUCAAGGACGAAAUAUAGAUGCAUGCUAUAAACAGUACAACUUUCACGCUUAAUAAAAAUAAAUACAUUUCAAAGGUCCAGACAGUCAGCUCUUUAAUGAAAGGAAGAAUUAAUGAUCAGAUCAUUAGAGGUAAGAUAAAUAUAUAUCUAUAUAUAGACAUAUAUAUAUGCAAAUGCUUUUUCUUUUUACAAGAUAGAACUUUCUUUGAAAUCAGGUCAGCUUUUUUCAGUCUCAUUUUAAGACCCUAUUGGAAGAAGCCUAAAUGGAAUCACAAUAACCUUGCUUAUGAGGUAUGCAUAUUUAAAGCUCAUUCCAUAAUAAGGUUUCUAAAAGGAAAGAAAAUUUAUAUUUGAAUUUUUUAAGCAAGUUCAUUGGGAUGAGAAAGUUUUAUCACGAAUUAUGAAUUUUUAUAUUGGUAAAAUCCCUUAUUUCAAAUAUUAGGAAAUGUAUUUUUAAAGUCUUGAAAUUUCUCUCAUAAAGAUUCAAUAUCUGUUAACCAGGAUGCAAGUAUGUCUUAUAUUAAUAUGUAUAGAGUAUAAACUCAGUUCUGCCUAAAGCUUUGGAGAAAUGCUUAUGUCCAGUUAAUGAAAACAUACUACUAAACUUUCUCUCAUUAAAAAUAAGAGAAACGCAUCUGAAAACACUUGACUAUCCUGUCAAACCAAACCAAACAAACAAAAUAACCCUACUCAUUACAGAAUGACUCAAGAUGACAACCUAUUUUGAAGUCUUUGUUUUACCGUGAAAUGCAAACCACCAAUUGGAGAGGAAAAACCUCUUUGUCUUAGUGUGAUAACAUUUUGGGAGAGGUUUUAUUAGUAGAUGUGGAUGUGACAUUUCUCAAGUCCAUAAAGUUUGCAUUUUCACUCUGAUAUCUUACAGAUUUACAAAAUCGCAGCCAAUUUCUAAGAACAAGCUAAACCUACUUAAGAACAAAAGGAAACUGACAGGUAGCCAGGAUAUUUUAAAUAUGAGGCAAGUAGAUUAAAAAUAAGACUGGGGAGGGUGAAACACAAAGUUACAUGAGAAUUAAGUCAGAGCGUCAAAGCAUUUACUACGCUAUGAAAGAGAUUAAAGAGAAUAAAUCCACAACUGUCUUUCAGUUAGUGUGUGAGAGACGUUUCCUCAGUGAUGCACAAGUGCAUUAGAACAACAGUUCAUUCAGAGAAAAUACAACCCUUACAGGGCUUACGCAGCUCACUCUUACCUUACCCAGCCUCGCACAGAAACGUCUCUCUGCUCCUGAGCUACUGUUAGUUUCUCAGUAUUUAAAAUAGGAUUCAAUGUUCCAGAUGCGCCACCCCACACCCACUAACUUGUGGAAGGGCAUGUGCACCAUGCAGGUCAGGCGCAGCAUUUAGUUAUUCGCUAAACUCCCGAUUUCAGGGAUUCAUUCAGGGACUUACCACUAUAUGCAUCUAGGAAAAAGACUCAGUGUUGCCUUGUGGGCGGGGCAGCACUGUUGCUAAGGACUGCUAUGACAGACACCAGUAUGUGUCCAGUGCACAAUCUUUUCACAAAAACAGAAGCUGAUUGGUUUGGGGGUCUUGGUAUUUUUUUUCUUCACUGGUGUGAAGAUUCGACUUUAGUCCAAAGGUUCAAGCAUGAUCACUAGCUUCCUAAUACCCCUUUCUCAACAGUUCCUGUUUCCUUUCUCAGGCCACUCCGUGUUGCCGGCACUUCACCCUAUUCAGACACACUCAGUUCUGUCGCAAAUGUUAGGACAAAUGCCAGGGAAGUAGUGGCAGGAAGUGGAGCCAAUCGCGUACCUACAUGGAGUUCCGUGGGGUGUGCACACACACUAGUUACUGCAGGGAGCUCACAAAUGACCAAUACUGACUCAGGGUUUAUAUUAGAGCAAAUGUAUUUGAGCUACUAGGUUGUGAUGUUUAAUUGAUAUUCACAACUGCGCUCACUCUCCUGGUGUGUUUAUUCUUGUAAAAGUUUCCAGGAUCCAUAAAGAACUAGCAGUCUCUUGAAGCAUUCACUUAAUAGUUACUUCAGAAGUUAAGAAAAAAAAAAGAGUCAUAAUUCCAUUCCUGUGUCAAUUCUACUAUCUAUAAAACAAAAUAUAAUUUAUUCCAGAAUGAGAUGUCCAAGCAGCCAGGAAUUGCUACAAUAAAGGAACAUAAAAAUAUAACACUGAACAUAAAUCAAUUUCUUUCUACCUCUUCAAAAAAAGACUACUUGAUAUUAUUCAGCAGAAUUUCUCUGAUUUUUGUCAUAAUAGCUGUGAUAUUACCAGUCCGUUUAUUUGCAAAUAGCUAGAAAACUGAGUUGGUAUGGCCUUGAGAAACCAUUGGGUCUCUUUGUUAAAUGUAAAGAAAAUGAGUCACAACUUGGUUUUAUAGCAAUUACAAUUGUACUAAGCUGACCUGGUUGGUUUCUGGGCUUAUAAUUUUUAGAUUAAGGGAAUACUACUGUCAACAAGUAGAAUUUUAAAAGCCUAAGAUAAUUUAAGUAACCAUGUAAUUAGUGAAAGAGAUAAUAAAGACAAUAUGGAGAUGUAGAAAAAAAGAAAUUCCUUCAUAUAUUAACUCUUAGUGGACAGUAAAUUCUCAAAUAUUGUUUCAAGGUUAAUUAUCACUCAGUGACAUAGCUCAGGAUAUGAUUUAUAUGAAUCUGCUGUGAGGACCUAAUAUUUAGGACAAAAUGAGUUUAAUAUUUUACAUGAGAUAAAGAGCCAAUUAAAUAAAAUGCUGUUUCCAGAAUGUUAUCGCCUGGGUAUUCUCUUAGCUAAGAAGUUUUUCGUUAAAAUAUCAAUAUUUAUUCAAUAAUCUGUCAGUUAAGAUUAAGGUAACUACUUAACUUCUACCAUUAACAGUUAACCAAAACCAUAUAUAUUUGAACAGUGGCAUUACAUAUUUGAUCAAAAAAUGCAUUUUCAUCGUGGUUAAAUCAUUAUUUUCUUUUCAUCAUGUCUAUCAUGUAACUAAAUUCAAGUUUGAUUGGGUAGCAUGAUAGUGUUACGCUACAGAAAAUCACUCAGUUAAGGACCAAGGUAAGCCUUAAUGAUUUCCUUAAAACAUUUGAAUACUAAAAAUAGUAACUGAAAAAAAUAAGUAAAAGAUGUUUAAGAGAAAUGAUAUUAUUUUGUAUGACUGAGAUAAUUAAAUAUACUCCUCCCGGGAGAACUAUUUCUAUAAAUCCUAUUUUUACCUCUAUUGUGACAAGAGAUAUGAGUUGCUCUUGAUAAAUUUAUAUGGAAAUGUUUUCAUCUCAAUUCUAUGAUAAUUUUUGAUGUAGACUGUGAGACCCUUUCCAAGUAGUGAGACUGUGUCUGGCUUUAUCAGAGGGUAAAAGUAAGCCGUUGUCUUCUGACAUCUUUUUGAGUUGCAUCUACUGUGUAGAGAAUUCCCUACUUGCUGAACGAUUGAGUUUAAGUCAUUCAACCUCAUGAGGUUUUUGUUUCCUGAAAAUAAUUUAUUGAGCAGUGAUGCAAUUUACAGAUGAGUUGAAAUUCAUUAAGGUUAAAUUAGUUUCAAUGUUGCAAAGUUAACAUGUGAGAUGGUUAGAUUUCCUGAGGCUUUUUCCAAAUAGCUUCUUGUGCACUUCAUCUGAAUACUGAGAAAGGAAAUAUAUUUCCAUGAUUUGCUGAAAAUUUUGUGCACCUCAAAUAACUCUUAUCCCCAAGAUUAUGUAAAACAACAAAAUACUAUAUUCUGUAGAAAUAUUCAUAUAAAACAUUUCAUAGGUAGCUUUCAUCAAGAUUGGGUGUUUUUCUUGUAAAGUCCUUUAAGCUUUGCAUGUAAAGAACGCAGUAGUAUCAAUGUGCAGUGUUCACUGCAUAAAGGAGAAGGAGGUAAAACUCCAGUAUGUAAAAUAUUUGCGUUUAUAGCUUCUUCCUUAAACAAAGAAGUACAACACCCAGGUUGUCAACAUUAGCUGUUAUUGACCCAACAGAGCAAUGACUUGGGUUCACAUUCGAACAUGGAGAAAUGACAGAACACUGUGAAUUCAGAAUCAAGAUAAGGCAACGAGAAAAGAACUGCCUCCCGUGAUAAAUGUGAUGUUCCCUCUAACUCCUUUACAAGUAGAUAGUCACCAUGUAUACUGGUAGAAACUGCUAAUGUUCUUCUCGCAGAGCCUCAGGCAAUUUAAAUCCAUCAUAGCUCAUCUUUUGGGAGUAUCUCUAAGUCAUUGUUCUCAAUGUAACCCUUUAAGUGAAGUGUGUGAUUUAAUACUUAGCCAUUGUUUAAAUCAGUGUCAUUGACUUCUACAUUAUAGAACAGAAACUGAAAUCUUGAAAUUUGUGUUUCUGACUUUCGUACGGUGACCAGUCAUUUGUGAACUUUAGUAUCUUAUAAUCAUAUUACUUAGAACAGCUGUUUCUGCAAACCCUCUGAAAGAUGGUUGCACAUUGUGUUUUAGCAUUUUUACUCUGUCUUCUUUAGAGUGUAUAAACAUAUUUGUCAGGAUCAGAUGAAUUAUGUAACAAUGAAACCUCAAAGCUGUUAUGAAGGGUAGGUCAUAAAUCCUUUUGUAAAAGAAAUGGAAAAGCACUUGAAAUAUAAUUUUACUGUUUCAUAUGUAUUUUAAAAAAGAAAUAAAGUAAUU